AUGCCUGGAUUUGCAGAUCCAUCAGACCUAGUGGCUGCUGGCUGGCGAAAGCGAAAACGCGAUCAUGAAGACUCCGCAACAUUAACAAAGCCUCCAACUUUCGGGCACUACCGAGUAGAUCGCCCCGAUCGGGAGAGUAACUGUUCAUUGCCCCUAUCCCGACAUCCAACAGAGACGGACGAUCUCUCUUUUCGCCCGCGCUGUCUCCCUCGAAAGCGUCGCCAUGUUCAGACACCUUACCUAACUCUCCCCACACAUCAACAAUCUUCUCUCCUCUCUCCAAAUGUCUACGCCUCGCCACAAGACCCUUACUCUCCGCCCGUUUCGCCAAAGUCUCUCGUCCCGCUACCUUACCCUACAACAUCCCCUUCAGCACUUCGUCCCUGUCACAUCUGUCACCGCCGUCCCACGACACGGCAGGUACUAGAUGCGUAUGCGGACUGCGAUCUUUGCGGUGAAAGAGCUUGCUUUAUCUGUCUUCGCCAGUGCGAUGCCCUAACAUGUCCGGGCAUCAACCCAAGCACCAAGGCCCUCCAUCAAUCAGAUAUCUACACUCCAAACGAGACUCUUGAUAUUUCGGAUACAGUUUCUCGCCGGAAGAUAUGCUCCAGCUGUGCUGUUGAGGGCGUUACUGAGGCGGGAAUGGAAAUUGUCCGAUGUCUCGAUUGCGUCCACGGUCAUGCUGCUACGUCGUGGUCCACUAGAUCUAUGCCGUCUGGUUGGCCAUUGGAUGCAAUGAACCUUGAUCGGAUGAAUGGAUAA